CACGAAUAACAUUCCCCAAAGGCGCUUUGUUAACAGCAAGCCCUCGGUAUCAUCAACGAAUAUCCAUCCAAGAAGCCUGCAUCACACCAAUCACCCACAAGACGCCUAUUACCCUCGCAGGCAAACCAGUCGGCCAGAACGGCUCUCGGCCUCAUGCGCAUGACCUUCCCCAGCGCAGUCCUGCCCGACGAAACCGCCUUCCCCGUCCUCAAAGCCGCCCUAGCAGCAGGCGUCAACCCGGAAGACGCCGACAAGGUCGUCGUGUGCAUCAAGAGCGGCGUCGUCGACAUGAAGACCCUUCUCAUCGACGGCUCGCCGGAGACCGUGCGUCGCCUUGUCGCGGACGCGAACAGGGUUCUGGCUGGAAGGAAGAAGAUAUAUGUUUUUGGGGUUGCUGGCGUGGAUCCCAAGGUCCCGGGCGAGGAGACGGUGCGCGCGCUGGGGGAAUUGGUGGCGGCCGGGGAGAUUGGAGGGAUCCAGCUUAGCGAGGUUGGGGCCGCGACGAUUCGGCGGGCUGCGGCUGUGGCGAAGAUUGAUAUGGUGGGGGAGGAGGAGAGCUUGUGGGCGACCGAGAUUUUUGGCAAUGGCGUGGCGGAGACGUGUGCUGAGCUGGGGAUUCCCGUCGUGGCGCAUACGCCGCUUGGGGUUAGGAUGUUGACGGGGAAGAUCAAGACGCUGGAUGAUUUGCCGCCGGGACACCAUCUACGUGUGUUCCCGCGGUUCCAGCCGGAGAACUUUCAGAAGAUUUUGGACUUGGUUGCGGAGCUGGAGAAGCUGGCUAAGGCCAAGGGGGUUUCCCCUUCCCAGCUGGCUUUGUCGUGGGUGAAGCUGAAGAGCAAGAAGCCCGGUAUCCUUCUGAUUAUCCCUGUGGCGGGGGCGAGGUCUGGGGAGAGGGUGAAGGAGAAUGCGGAGACGGUCAAUUUGUCUGAAGAGGAGUUGGGAGCUAUUGCGGCCAUUUUGGAAAGCUUCCCCGUCUAUGGCACCAGAUAUCCUGCGCCGGGGAUGAAGCUUGUCGAAUUCUAGACACGGGUUUGACGGGGCCAGGUGGGGGACGAUGGGAAUCGGUAGAUCGUUGGGGCCCCUGACCAUCACAACGGAUGCAUGUACG